CGGUCCAAGCGGUUUUCUAUUAUCUCUUCCCGGGCAUCUGGCUAUAAAAGCCGUCUCUGCAGUUUCUUAUUCUCAGAUCGUCUCUCCUCCGGAUUUCAUCAGAAACCCUAGAAAUCUCAUUUUUUUUCAUCGAAAUCAACCAUCAAAGAUCGUUUCUAGGAGAGCCAGGAUUUUAGAAUGGCAGAUGAGGAGAAUGAGGGAGAGGAAACUUCCUCCCGUGGACAUGAUUGGGAAGUAGUGUCACUUACAGCAUCAACUUAUGGGGCAGCGCCUGGUCCAAAAGGAUCUGACUCAACUGAUGAUGAUAAGGAUAAGGUGUCUGCUCCAGAUCCAGAGGAAUCCUCUAGUGCGAUGUUCAUGUCCGGUCAUUUUGUAUUUCCGCCAAGCCAACAUGAGAAUCUUCCGCUGGAGCCUGACAACAGUGAAAUUCUUAAUGAACCUGGGAGUGAAGGAGUGGAUUCCACCCAGGAAGGUGGAUUGGGUGUGGGGGAAGGGGAUAGGCUGGACAAAGCUAGCGAAGAAAAUUGGAAUAUCAAAGGAUUAUCAGAAGCAGAUGAGCUACAUGGGAUUCAAUUUUUUGAUGGAAAGGGUAAGAGUUUCUCUGGUCACAGUACAGAAUAUGAAGAAGUAAGGGCUCUAGAGGAGCUGAAUUUAAUAAAAGAAGAGCAGAGUAUUUACUCUACUUCUAAAUUUGGUUCUUUUCAUGCCGAAGCAGAUCUAAGUGGAUCGAUUGCCUCUGCUGAGACCAAUAUUAUUCCUGAUCCUGAUGAUCCUUCUCACCCAAAUUUGGGUUCUCCUUCCGAUAUCUCAAAGCCUCAAAAGGCAAUAAAAGAAGAUAAAGACAACGAGUCUGGUCUUCCCUGUGAAGCUUGGUGGAAAAGGAGGGCUGCGGCAUUAUAUAGCCAUGCGAAGGAGGCGAACACAAUUUGGUCUGUUGUAGUUGCUGCUACUUUAAUGGGACUUGUAAUUCUAGGGCAGCGGUGGCAGCAAGAAAGGUGGCAGAUGCAGCAGCUAAAGUGGAAAUUCGGUAUCACUGAUGAGAAAAUAAACAGGAUGCUGGGCCCCAUUUCACGGUUUAAAGACGUUCUGGUGGGUGGUCACCGACGUGGCCCUGUUAUACGGGGCAGCAGUGCCAAUGCUGAGCGUUGAGAUGAUGACGAAAAAAAAGAACCCAGCAGGAGAGGUGUUGGCUGCCUGCUGCCUGCAAUCUUCUUUGUAAGACGCUUGCACUGUAUUUUGUCUUUAGAAGAAACAUUUGGAGGAUGGUUUGCUAUUUGUUAUUGUAUAAUUCUGCGUCUUCCCCACCACUUAAAAUUGCUUGAGGUUUUUUGCA